AUGAACAGGCAAAGACUGUCUUUCCACAGCAUUAGUUGCUGUUCGCGUCAAGGGGCUGGCAAUGCGGAGCUGGAAAAGUCCUCGUUCUGCGCCCUGAUUCUUGCAAGCGGCUUCUUGCAUUUGCCAAGCUACAUCUUGCAAGUAGCAGCAAGGUUUUUUUCGGUCUACGGCUCUGCUUUUUCCUUUCUGACGCUGCACUCGGUUCAUAUCAGCAGCUUGCUUGCUGUCACAUUGAGCAGUCUGUCUCAGAAUCUCAUCCUGUUGCAGGUCGCAGCGCACGUCCGCAGCAACGGUCAGGUAUCUUAUCUUGCAAUGCGGCAAUGUUGUAACAAUUGCGGGAAAAGUAUGUAA